AAUAAAGCUCUUGUUGCCAGCGGUGCGUUCCAAGAUGGCGGCGCCCAUGGAGGAGACGUGACCCGCUGCCGUACAACCAAGAAGAAUAGAUUUUAUCUUGGCUAACUGAGUAGCAGCAGCAGCUAGGAAACGCAGCCUGUUCCCAGCCCCAUGCAUUGGAUGAGACCCACAGAUUGAUCCAGCAAGCAAACUGUCACUGGUGCCCCCUCAGUACAGGCAUUUGUAUACCAUUACCUUGAAUUUCACCACAAGGAGCAAAUUAUGUGACAGUUCUAGGUUGCUGUUUGGAAAAGGACGUAGAUGCCCGAAGUCACUGCAUGUUACACUCAAUCAGGGCAACUCUUCCUUGAGAAGAUUUUAAAAAUAAUCAAGAGAUCUGGUUGGCACAAACUACUUAAAAAAGGUAAAGCAAGGCCUGACUACUGCAUACACGAGAGAUGACGGAGACCAUUUUCAUAACAGGAAGAAGAAAAAAUGCCAGUCGUUUUAAGAAAACUGAAGCAAGUAGCUCUUUAUCUGGGAAUUUUUGUUGGUAGUUCAUGUGCUGUUAUGUAUCAUCUUAUGCAAAAAAGUUUUACCAGGACACAGUAUUAUCAGAAGGGUCUUGAGCAGCUUAACAGUGAACCUGCAGCAUUGGAAGCGCUAGGUGCGCCCCCACUGAGAGUGCACAGCAUCGGAUUGAUGGACAAGAGUAACCGUGUUGACAUGGCAAGAGCACAGAUAAAGAUACCAAUAUCUGGAACCAAAUCAACGGGGUAUCUCUUCAUCAAUUCGGAGAGAGAUACUAACAGCUGGUGUCUCCAGGAUGUCACAUUGAAACUCAAAGAUGGCCAUAACAUUCCAGUAUACCGUUCACCUAUAGAGAAAGCCGAUGGGCAAGAGGAAUAGACAGAGGCAUUGGCUUUGCAAGUCCUGUUAACUCGAAGGAUCUAUUGAGUGGUUACAUCAUACUAUGUAUGUUUAAAACAGUCACAAAUGGAUACUUUACAGCCAGUUCUCUCUAGUGUUGGAUUCUGUGUUGGCAUCCUCUUAGCUUCAUUGAUUUGUGUGUACAGGAGCAACCCAAAAUAAAGAUUUUACAAUACUA